ACAUUUCCAUAACACAGAUUCAAUUUUCAAAGAUGAAGAUGAAUCACAUUAUUAUUUUCUUUUUUGCUCUCCUCAUAUCAUCAUCAUACACCUUCCAUGUUUCUUCUUCUGCCAAUGAUUUCUGUGUAGCAAACCUACACAAAACUCCAGACACCCCUUCAGGCUAUCCAUGCAAAUCACCAACGGUGAAUGAUUUCGUGUUAUCUGGCUUUGGACCUGGAAGCUUAAACAAAGCUUUUAAUGUUAAAUUAGCCAAAGCAUCAGUAACUGAAUUACCAAGUCUCAAUGGACUUGAUAUAUCUGCAGCAAGAGUAGACAUUGGUCCAAAUGGAUCUGUUCCAAUGCAUACUCAUCCUGAUGCAACUGAAUUACUAAUCAUGGUUCAAGGUAGAGUCACUGCUGGAUUUAUCAACCUUACAGAAGUUUAUGUCAAAGAUCUUAAGCCUACUGAUAUUAUGGUUUUUCCAAAAGGACUAUUGCAUUUUGUAGUUAACUCUGGUGCUGGAGAAGCUAUUGCUUUUGCUACUUAUAGUAGCUCAAAGCCUAGCUUUCAGUUUCUUGAUUCUGUACUGUUUGGAAACAAGUUACCUACUUCUAUAAUUGCAAAGACUACUCUUCUUGAUGUUUCACAGAUCAAGAAGCUUAAGGCUAAGUUUAAGGGCACUGGCUAGGAUUUCUUAUGAAUAUUAUCCACUUCUAUGUAACCAAUAAACUUAUGUGUGUUUGGUUAUUAAUUAUGUUUCUAUGUCAAAUUGUUAUUUUAAUAUUACAAGAGGAUAGUAUGGUUCUUAUCUAAUCUCAAUGGUUUAUAGUA